CGCAGUGUCGGCUGCCGGUGCUGCGGCCUUUGUCUCGCAGUCAGGAGGCACAUUGGUUACCGAAGCUGAAUGUCAUCUCCCUGCUGGAGCAAGAGGCAGACCUGCAGGCGGUGGACUCUGGACUUCCCCAAGGCGUGUAACCAGCCUACUCACUGUGAAGACAACAAGGAUGAAGAUCUUUAUGGUGGUCCACUUCUAUUUAAUGCAUAACUUGGAAACUAGACCCAAAGUCAAACUGUCGGUUCUAAAGCAAGGCAUCUCUGAAGAAAUAUCCAACAAUGUCAUCUUGGUAGAAAGAUUCCUGUGGGAUGGUCUGUGGUACUACUGCAGGGGUGAGGACACUGAGGGCCACUGGGAAUGGAGUUGUGAGAGCCUAGAGAGCCUGGCAGUGCCGGUGGCCUUCACGCCUGUGAAGACGCCUGUUCAGGAGCAGUGGCAGAGGAAUGGGUUUGGGGAAAACGUAAGUCUGAACCCUGAUCUCCCACAUCAACCAAUGACUCCUCAAAGACAAGGCCCCCACAUGUGGGGAACAAGUGGAAAAAGGGAGAAGCCAGACCCAAAUGCUCUACAGAAAACCUGUGUGAAAGAGAAACCCUACAAAUGUCAGGAAUGCGGAAAGGCCUUUAGUCACAGCUCAGCACUUGUCGAACACCACCGGACGCACACAGGAGAGAGACCUUACGAAUGUCACGAAUGUGGAAAAGGCUUCCGGAACAGCUCGGCACUUACCAAACACCAGAGAAUCCACACUGGGGAGAAACCCUAUAAAUGCACUCAGUGUGGGAGGACCUUCAACCAAAUUGCCCCACUGAUCCAGCACCAGAGAACUCACACAGGCGAGAAGCCCUAUGAGUGCAGCGAAUGUGGGAAAUCCUUCAGUUUUAGGUCCUCCUUCAGCCAGCACGAGCGAACUCACACAGGUGAGAAGCCCUACGAGUGCAGUGAGUGCGGGAAAGCCUUCCGGCAAAGCAUCCACCUCACCCAGCAUCUGCGAAUCCACACUGGGGAGAAACCCUAUCAGUGUGGUGAGUGUGGCAAGGCCUUCAGCCACAGCUCGUCCUUGACCAAACACCAGCGAAUCCACACAGGGGAGAAGCCCUACGAGUGCCAUGAGUGUGGAAAAGCCUUCACCCAGAUCACACCACUGAUUCAGCACCAGAGGACCCACACAGGAGAAAAGCCCUAUGAGUGCAGUGAGUGUGGGAAAGCUUUCAGUCAGAGCACACUCCUGACCGAGCAUCGGAGGAUUCACACGGGAGAGAAGCCCUAUGGAUGCAACGAGUGUGGGAAAACCUUCAGCCACAGCUCCUCGCUCAGCCAGCAUGAGCGGACACACACAGGAGAGAAGCCCUAUGAGUGCAGUCAGUGUGGGAAGGCCUUCCGGCAGAGCACGCACCUCACCCAACACCAGCGAAUACACACAGGGGAGAAGCCCUAUGAAUGCAAUGACUGCGGCAAGGCGUUCAGCCACAGCUCGUCCCUCACCAAACAUCAGCGAAUCCACACUGGGGAGAAGCCCUACGAAUGCAACCAAUGUGGCAGAGCCUUCAGCCAGCUUGCUCCCCUCAUUCAGCAUCAGAGGAUCCACACAGGAGAGAAACCCUAUGAAUGUAACCAGUGUGGCAGAGCCUUCAGCCAGAGCUCCCUUCUCAUCGAACACCAGAGGAUUCACACCAAGGAAAAGCCCUAUGGGUGCAAUGAGUGUGGGAAAUCCUUCAGCCACAGCUCCUCGCUCAGCCAGCACGAAAGGACGCACACUGGGGAAAAGCCCUAUGAGUGUCACGAUUGCGGAAAGUCCUUUAGGCAGAGCACCCACCUCACUCAGCACCGGAGGAUCCACACAGGAGAGAAGCCAUAUGCAUGCAGGGACUGUGGAAAGGCCUUUACACACAGCUCCUCCCUUACCAAGCACCAGAGAACUCACACUGGAUAAACCCACUCCACAUGUGCUGGGGACAUAGGAAGCCCUUAAGCCAUAGCUCAUCCCUUUCUAGAUUUGACCCAAUCAUACACAUGAGAAAUACAUAUUCAUACACAAGCCUUUUCACACAGCACUCCCCUCAGACACCCUCAGAGAGUUCACACUGAUGGGAAAUGACCAUGGGAGUCCACCAAGCUCUAGGUCAUCCAUCCCUGCAUCCAAAUAGUAGGGAAAUGUGGAGAUAAUCAAUACUCAGGACCUUCAGCCUCAAACGCCCAUUAGUGCUACAUUAUAGAACCUACAAAAAAGAAAUGGAACAAGUGUAGUGGAUCCAGGGAAAGCUUUUGUCCAAGGAUUCACCGUAUUCCAAACCAGAGAUGUUCAAAUUGGUGAGAAACCCAACAAAUGCCUUUCAUAUAUACAAGAACCAAAUGAAGUCAGAAUUUGCCAUUAUUGCACAUUACAUUUUUUGGGGGGAAAGUGCUUAUGAAUGGUACAGGUUGACUCUGAUAUUCAUUCCCAAAUGACAAUAUGGCAGAGUGUUCCAGAAAUGAGAGUGGCAUCUUUAUGGAAUCACUGUGGAUACUGACUGUCUCAGUAAAAAGCUGUCUGGUUUGUGUGUAUAUUGUUUGAUCAGGGUACGUGGCAGCCAGUCACAGAUUGGAAUUCCAUAUGACAAAGUAUCAGUGUACUAUAAACAGGUUUUUAGUUA